AUGUCAAUGGAAUUUGACACCGAUGAAGAAGAUCUUCCUUUACACAAAGCCAUAAUUGAGGGAGACACCGCCAAACUCUCACAACUGCUUUCGUCUCUCCCAGAAACUAUUAUUGUUGACCAUAUCAACUAUCUCGAUAGAUCUGGUCAUGCCCCACUCCAUCAUGCUGUCUGCCAGAACAAUCUUGAAGCUAUACAGCUAUUACUUUCAAGAGGCGCAGAUGGCCAACUUCUUGCACCAAAUGAGGAGGGCUACUUAGAGGAUGGCCAUGACGCCUUAUGGGUAGCUGCUCGUCUUGGAUAUGUGGAGAUCUUAAGGGGGUUACUAGAUGCAAAAGUUUCAGUGACUUCGCAUGCUUUAUGCGCCGCAGCAGAGUCUGGUCGUGUGGAAUGUGUACUUGAGAUUCUGAAAAGGUUGCCGAAAGGGAAGGGCUUUGACGAUAGUACUUCAAGGACUGUCGGAAUCGGUCGCGCACUAAAGCUCGCAGCGAUGGAGUGGCGAAUAGUAAUUGUGAAGUUGCUACUAGCUGAGGUCAUGGAGGACCUUAGGCAUGGCGAUGGGAUAGAAUCAGACCUAUUGGAACAGGCACUCGUCUCAGUUCCUUAUUGGGACCAUUGGGGCCCUUGUGGCCGGCUCGAUGUCGUGAAUCCUGUUCCGAAAGGGACGCCAGCCGGGAAGGAAAUACAGCUUGAAGUCUUCAAGGUUCUCCUAGAAGCGGGAGCAGAUAUCGAGGCCAGGCUAAUGUACCUUAACGACGGCUCAUUUAUGCACGACAACUCGACCGUACUACAUUUAAUCUGCGAAAAUCGGACUCCAACAAAAGCCAUCUGGGCGUUCCUUCUCGAGAGCGGAGCUAAUGUUAACCCUCUGGACUCUUGGAACAGAACUCCAUUGUUCUACGCAGUAGAAGGCAACGAUGCAAGUUUAGUCGACUCCCUUAUCACCCAUGGUGCAUCUACAACAAUAGUUGACAAAUUUGGUAACACGCCAAUGCACUUCGCUACUUGCAAUCGUCGCACCGACGCUUCCAAACCUAUCAUGGCCAACUUACUGGCUCAUGGCGCCAGUUUCGACACCCGAAAUAACAAUGGAGAACUCCCCAUUCAUAAUGCCGCGAGGGAUGGAAACCUUGACGCUGUCACCUUUCUACUCUCCUUGACUUCCGAGGUCAAUCCUGUGACUGCAGUAACCACCUCCGGAUGGACCGCCGCCCACUUCGCCGUCUCGUGGGAUCCCUCGAGAAGCAUUUCUAUCCUACGCCCCCUGAUCGACCGUGGGGCAGAUAUUAACGUGCAAGGACCAGGCGGCUUCACUGUCUUACACCGUGCGAUUUCUAUCCAGCGUGCUCAUCCUGACGCCAUAGACCUCGUCUGCUUCCUUAUCGAGAACCAUGCGAACGUGAAUGCGAAUCCAGCCUACCCGCCCUUAUUCUUAGCCGUUGCGUGCAACUCUUUGGAUACCACUGCGUGCAACUCUUUGGACAUCGUGAUUGCGCUAAUAAACUGGGGUGCUGAUAUCGAGGCUCGUGCCGGGAAUGGACGUACAGUUCUACUUCACGCGGCGGCGGAAAAGCGAGAAAAUGAUUACAAUCAUGACUGCAUUAAUACGCUACUCUUCCGAGGGGCAGAUAUAGAAGCGAAGGAUAGUGAUGGAAUGGGAUUUGUGGACCUCAUGAGAAGCAGUGGAUGGGAGGUGGAAUUCGACGCAGCAGGGAGCGUAUUGGGGUUUAACAACAUUAAAUGGAUGCAAUGGAUGAAGGAGGAUGAAAGAGAAAAGGAGGCCGAAAGAGAGAAGGAGGCCGAAAGAGAAAAGGAGGCCGAAAGAGAAAAGGAGUCUGAACGAGAAAAGGAGACAGAAGGAGAAAAAGAGGCGAAGUAA